UUUUGUUUCAAGCUCUUGAGCGCUUCAGUAAGUUAAUACAAUGUGGCUCUGUAAACUCCAGCCUAUUCGGAGAAAAGUUACUUAUUACAUCACCAAACAUCUGACAGCUUAUUUGGUGGAGAUGUAGAAAGCUGAUGAUGCUCUCGGGUCACUCCCACCGGGGGAGGACGGACCCGCUGCCCUGAGAUACUGCCAGCUCUGCUGGGAGGGGCGGCAGAGCACCGGUCCUACUCGGCGAAAGGGUCGAACACGUUAGCUUACUAACAAAGUUUUCUUUUCAAGGUGUUGUUUUAAGAAAAUAUGCUGGGCGUGGCUGGAAUGCCGGGCAGCAUUGCUAAUGCCCUGGCCGCUGCAGCCUGCGAGCGAUGCAAGAGCGGCUUUGCUCCGACUGAGAAGAUAGUCAACAGUAAUGGAGAGCUUUACCAUGAGCAGUGCUUUGUAUGUGCCCAGUGUUUCCAGCAGUUUCCGGAGGGACUCUUCUAUGAGUUUGAGGGAAGAAAAUACUGUGAACAUGACUUCCAGAUGCUCUUUGCUCCCUGUUGCCACCAGUGUGGGGAGUUCAUCAUCGGUCGUGUCAUCAAGGCCAUGAACUAUAGUUGGCACCCUGACUGCUUCUGCUGUGACAUUUGCCAGGCUGUACUUGCAGAUGUGGGGUUUGUCAAGAAUGCUGGCAGGCACCUGUGCCGGCCGUGCCAUAACCGUGAGAAAGCCAGAGGCUUGGGCAAGUACGUCUGCCAGAAGUGCCAUGCCAUCAUUGAAGAGCAGCCACUGAUCUUCCAGAAUGACCCCUACCACCCAGACCACUUCAACUGCAACAACUGUGGGAGGGAGCUGACAGCAGAUGCCAGGGAACUGAAAGGAGAGCUCUACUGUUUGCCCUGCCACGACAAGAUGGGUGUACCCAUCUGUGGUGCCUGCAGGAGACCUAUCGAGGGGCGUGUCGUCAAUGCCAUGGGCAAGCAGUGGCAUGUGGAGCAUUUUGUGUGCGCCAAGUGUGAGAAACCGUUCCUCGGUCAUCGCCAUUAUGAGCGAAAAGGGCUGGCCUACUGUGAGACUCAUUAUAACCAGCUCUUCGGCGAUGUGUGUUAUCACUGCAACCGUGUGAUUGAAGGCGAUGUUGUGUCUGCUCUCAACAAGGCCUGGUGUGUCAGCUGUUUCUCGUGCUCCACCUGCAACACCAAACUCACUCUUAAGAACAAGUUUGUUGAGUUUGACAUGAAGCCUGUUUGUAAAAAGUGCUAUGAGAAGUUUCCUCUGGAGCUCAAGAAAAGGCUCAAGAAGCUGGCAGAGUCGUUGGGACGCAAGUGAGCUGCUUCAGGCCAAACAACUUGGAAGUAUUUCUGGGAUGUCUGUGGUGGUAAAAUAUCCAGGGGAACUACUGCUUAACGACACAAGAGCCUGGCAUUUAACCGGUACAUCAAUGUUAAAAACUUAAAUCUGGGAUCCUUUAAAAAAAAUAAAUGUAUACCACUGUGAUCCUUUCAUAUAUAUGUACAUUUUUUUAGCCUAUUUUAAAUAUGCAAUUGCUUUUCUUUUUUUUUUUUUUUUUUUUUUUUUAAAUACAUUCCUGGAUUGUCCAGAAUGGACGUUUUCUUGUAGGAAAGAAGCAUUAUGUUCAGUUUUUCAUGCCUUUACCAGGAGCAAACUGUUAACUGCUGUGGAGAAUCUAUUAAGAUUUGGUUUUGGUUACGCCUGUGCCUUGAAUAUAUGAAUCUUGUGAUACAAUGCAAAGAAUGGAUAUAAUGUUGCUCGCAUUAUACUUUCAACACAGCUAUGCCUCUGUAUAUCUAUUUUAAAGAGCUUUCAUACCUCAGUGUGAGUAAUUAGAAAGUGACCAUCGUGUUCCUUAGAGUAUUGUAACGGUGCCUCUUCUUUGUAAGCAGAUAGACUUAAAUGAGCCUUUAUUAUUACGAGCUUGAAGCGGUUUUCAUCAUUUUGUGUUAAUGAAACUACAUUUGGACAAACGGCUUUAUAGUUUCUGGCGCCUCCUCUGCAUCUGCCUGGCAGGAUACUCAAAAUUAUUAUUACGUGACUGAAACGGGGCCUGUGGGAGGAAUUAUAACAGUAGAGGGUGCUGCUACUAGAAAAUCCGAGCCUUAUCUUUUAAAGUGUUGUCAGCAUGCUCUGUGUGCUUUCAUUGUGUCUGGUUUGUGCAAAGUUGUUCGUAUGGUAAAUGUUAAUCUGAUAUUUUUAGACAAAUUAACAUUUUUCACCUUCCUGUGGAAAACUCUUCAAAGGAAUUCAGAUGAAAUGAACCUUCACACAUGAAUAUUUAACCUUCUUUGAUGUUAAAAUAUCGCUGAGUCAGCAGAUUGCUGGCACUAGUAAAGCUGUUUGGGAUUAUUAAGUGCCUCACAACAAAUUGCAUUGUUUGAAUGAUUGAAUACUUUUUUCAAAAUGAUUUUAUUUGUCAGCAUUUACACAGUUUACUGCAGCACAUGUUCAGUGUUUAGCUUCAGGAUGAAUGAUCAAUAAAGUCUUUCUGAACAGAUCA